CAAAAAAAAAGAAGGUUCCAAUAAACGAGGGAGGGAGAGAGAGAGAACAGAGACGCCAUCACCACCCACUCCGAGCUCGAGCUGAACGAACCGUUCCAAUUUCAGACACACAUAGAGAGAGAGAGAGAGAGAGAGAGAUUCUUGUUCUUGUUCGAGGAAGUCUAGAUUAGAUUGGAUAGGUGACAGGAUAAGCCCAUUUUUUGCGGUCCGAUAACAAUACAAAUCACCUCCGGCCCUGUCUGUUCUUCUUUCCCCUCCCUUUUUCUCGUCGUUUUCUCGGUUCCAAUUUUGCCCCCCUCUGCUGCCUACCCAGUUUGUUUCCUCCUGCUGGCCUUCCGAUGGCCUCCCCAGCUGCGGCGACGCCCUUCCUGUUCCUCUUCAUGGCCGCCUUCUCGGCGGUGCGGUGCGUGUCGUCGGAAUCGCCGCCUUUGUGCCCCGUCGAAUCAGCUCCGUUGCUGCUCCCUCUGCAAUCUCAGUGCCCCGCUUCGAUCUCCCUCAAUCCGCAUCUUCAGGUGGAUGGGGACUUCCUCGAGAGAGUUCUGUCUUCCAAACAGCAGAGUGGCUAUACGUCUGUCCUCUUCUAUGCUUCCUGGUGCCCUUUCUCUCAGAGGCUUAUACCAACAUAUGAUGUCCUUAGUUCCAUGUUUCCUCAGAUCGACCAUUUGGCAGUCGAACAAUCUUCAGCCAUGCCGAGUCUUUUUUCAAGGUAUGGGAUCCAUAGCGUGCCAUCGAUAAUGUUGGUCAGUGAGACUUUAAGAGUGAGAUAUCAUGGUCCGAAGAAUUUUGUCUCCCUUGUGAAGUUUUACGAGAGGGUCACUGGGCUUAAACCAGUUCAGGACAUUGUGGAUGAUGAGCCAAUGAGUCCGAAUAGGUUAGCGCCGAAGGACAUGCUAGAAAGAGAACCUUACUUAGUUUUCUCCAUAUUGUUCAUCUGUUUGAGGGUACUCCUCAUGAGACUACCAGGAACUUUGUCUUGGAUGAAAUCUUUCUGGGUCUCAUAUGUUCCCCAUUUCAACUUGGGAAUCUUGGGAGAAACAAGCCAGAUAUCGAGCCGCGUCCUCCACACGAUCGAUGUUAGAAGAUUCUGGACGAAGCUGAGACACUGUAAAACCCAAAAUUUCCAUGGGGGCACAAAAAAUGCCCGAGCUUGGGCAUCUUCAUUUGCUUCCGUCUCGUUAGGCGAGCCCUCAUCAGCUAGAUCGUCGACUUAGGUAGAGAUUGAGGUUUAGCAAAGUAUUCUCUUCUCUGGGACAAUUAGUUGCGCCCUUCCAGGCGCCGUUGAUCACUAAUCUUAAACUUUAGUUUGAAGUGUUCCUCGGAGCAGCUGUUGUUUUUAUUUUUAUUUUUUUUCGCUCUUUUGAGUUGGGGUUUCCCUCCUCGACAAAAAGCUUGUAAAUUCGGAAGCAGCUUUCCUCGUGUAUAAUAUUAGUCACUUCAGAGGAACAAUCUUCACACAGUAAUCCGAAUGUACGAUAAUUAACCGCA